AUGCGCCAGGCGAGUUUAACUUGGGAAAAAUGCGGCAGAUUGAAACACGCCAGUGUAAUAUACUUUGUUUGCAGAGCUCCAGCAGGAGCCAAAAGAAGGGGUGGUCCGGGAGGCCUAAACAAACUAUGUGGUGUUUCACCUAAACUACAGGCGACUGUUGGGCAGCCGGAAUUGCCAAGGACGGAGAUAGUGAAGCAGCUGUGGGCGUAUAUUAGGAAGCACAACCUUCAGGAUCCAGAGAACAAGAGAAAGAUUAUCUGUGAUGAUGCUCUGCGAUUGGUUUUUGAGACAGACUGCACUGACAUGUUCAAGAUGAAUAAGCUGUUGGCAAAGCACAUUUUGCGACUUGAUCCAGCGAAAGAACCAGUUCAAGUCAAGAAAUCAAAAGUUGAAGAUGAUUCUACUAAGCAAAGUUCCGAUCCCAGUCUUCUUCCUGUGGCAAUAUCAGAUGAACUAGCUAAAUUUUUUGGAACUGGGGAGAAAGAGAUGCUUCGGUCGGAGGCCUUGGGUCGUGUCUGGGAGUACAUAAAAGCUAACCAACUAGAGUGUGAUAUGCCUGGUUUAUCUUACUAUUAUAUUUUCUCUCCACCCAAUUUAUUGCCUAAAUGUUAG